GUUUUAUUGUUAAAUUUAACCAAAAUCACACGGAAACAAGUAAUUUUUAAACAGAUUUUCAACUGUCCGAAAACAAAAAUCUACUGAUGGUUACCUUUUCAAGAUCUACCCCCGUAAAAGUCUUCAUAUAUCGGAGGAUUUUGAUGAAGAGCCUUUAUGAGGUCCCAAAAAUCCAAAAGCAGGGAGUGAAAGCAAACGAGUGUUUUGGUCUUUCAAGACAGCCAAAAAAAAAAAAAAAAAUCAUAAAACCAUUGGCCAUAUAACAACAGAAUCAAGAAACUUCCAUCCUUGACCCUCCCCUACUGAAAGGCCACUUCCUGUGCCACAACGCACCAUCUCGUCGGCUCUCACAAACUCCCGCGGACGCGUGGCCUCAUCAAGAAUGCUCUUUUCGGUCCAUUCUCAAAAAGACCAGUUAUAAUUCAGUUCCAUCGCAUUAACCAAUCACCCCAAUCUUAAAACAAGGCUACACGAGUCGCCACGUGUUGGGACUGACCCCACCAUGGUUAAAUCCCACCAACCAGGGUUAAAUAAUGAUGGUUAAGAACAAGCAAAGCCCAUUCAUCAUGUGUUGUUGUGUAUACACUAUUUAUCACCUAUCCCCAAGCAAAUCCUCUUUAAUUCGUUCCUUUUCCUGUGGCAUCAUAAUUACUACAAAGUCUUGGACUUUGUUACCUAGUUAUUUUGUUCUUCUCAGAAAAUGGGUCUAUCAAACUUCCCAACAGCAGCUGAAGGAGUCCUACCAGUUCUAGUAAUGAACAGCGUCUUGUCAGUGACUCUGCUGAAGAACAUGGUGAGAUCUGUGAUUCAAGUGAUGUGUGGUGCCAAUUAUGUCAAUUCUUCAAACGUAGAGGAAGACCCAGAUGACCUUUCUUCUUCUUCUUCUUCUUCUUCUUCUUCUUCGGCAGAGGCAGUUUCAAGGGAGAGGAGAAUCUCAAUUACCCAGUUCAAGUCUCUGUGCCAAAACAGGUCUUGUGAUGCCAAAAAUAGCACAAGUUCUAGUAUUAGUGGUAUUAGUGGGAGUACUAGUAGUAGUAGCAGCACUAAUACUAGUACUAGUGAGUGUUGUGUUUGUUUUUGUGGAUUUGAAGCUGAUGAAGAGGUUAGUGAGUUGUCUUGUAAGCAUUUCUUUCACAAAAAUUGUUUAGACAAGUGGUUUCACAACAAACACACCACCUGCCCUCUUUGCCGUUCUAUUGACUAGAUUCUAUCUUUUGGAGGUUUCUAGAGGAUUAAAACUAGUGCUUCUCUUUUGGGUUGUGCUUUUUUUUUUUUGGGAAUCUCUAAAGGUUUUGAGAAAGAUUAGAGAAAGUUCUUUUCAAA